GGAGGUGUGUGAUGGACCGUUUAAUUUGUGUUCCCUCCACUCACCGGGACCCCAGCCGCCCCACUACCUGACGGCCACUUCUGCGGUGGUGCACGCCAUGGCCGCCUCCGCUGCUGCUUCCCCUCGCCAUGGCUUCCUUGGCCUGCUGCUCGCCGCCGCCGCCGUCCUCGCCGCAUUCGGGCUCGGGGCUGCCCGUGCCGCGGGGAGCUCCGAUGAUCGCGCGCUGCUGAGCGUGGCGUCCCUGUUCCCCGGCCCGGCUUGCCCCGCGACGGCAGAGCACGGACCCAGCGCUGCGGCGUCAGCGAGAAUGAGGAUCGUCCACCAGCACGGCCCAUGCUCCCCUCUAGCCGAUGCGCACGGGAAGCCGCCGGCCCACGACGAGAUCCUCGCCGCCGACCAGAACCGCGUCGAGUCGAUCCAGCGCCGGGUGUCGGCGACCACCGGCCGGGACAAACUGACGAAGCACGCUGCACCUGUCCAGCCCGGGCCAAAGAAGAGCCCCGGGAUUCACCCCGGUCACUCGGCGUCCUCCUCCACCCCGUCGCUCCCGGCGACGUCGGGCCGCGCGGUGAGCACGGGCAACUACGUGGUGACCGUCGGGCUCGGCACGCCUGCGUCCAAGUACACGGUGGUGUUCGACACCGGCAGCGACACGACGUGGGUGCAGUGCCGCCCCUGCGUGGUCAAGUGCUACAAGCAGAAGGAGCCGCUCUUCGACCCAGCCAAGUCGUCCACCUACGCCAACGUCUCCUGCACCGACUCCGCCUGCGCCGACCUCGACACCAACGGCUGCACCGGCGGCCACUGCCUCUACGCCGUCCAGUACGGCGACGGCUCCUACACCGUCGGCUUCUUCGCGCAGGACACCCUCACCAUCGCCCACGACGCCAUCAAGGGGUUCCGGUUCGGGUGCGGGGAGAAGAACAGCGGGCUGUUCGGCAAGACGGCGGGGCUGAUGGGGCUCGGCCGCGGGAAGACGUCGCUGACUGUGCAGGCGUACGACAAGUACGGCGGCGCGUUCGCGUACUGCCUCCCGGCGUUGACGACGGGGACAGGGUACCUGGACUUCGGCCCGGGGUCGGCGGGGAACAACGCGAGGCUGACGCCGAUGCUGACCGACAAGGGGCAGACGUUCUACUACGUGGGCAUGACCGGCAUCCGCGUGGGCGGGCAGCAGGUGCCGGUCGCGGAGUCGCUGUUCUCCACGGCCGGGACGCUAGUGGACUCCGGCACGGUGAUCACGCGGCUGCCGGCGACUGCCUACACCGCGCUGUCCUCGGCGUUCGACAAGGUCAUGUUGGCGCGCGGGUACAAGAAGGCGCCGGGGUACUCGAUCCUGGACACCUGCUACGACUUCACGGGGCUGAGCGAUGUGGAGCUGCCCACGGUGUCGCUGGUGUUCCAGGGCGGCGCGUGCCUGGACGUGGACGUGUCCGGGAUCGUGUACGCCAUCAGCGAGGCGCAGGUGUGCCUGGCGUUCGCGUCCAACGGCGACGACGAGAGCGUCGCCAUCGUCGGGAACACGCAGCAGAAGACGUACGGCGUGCUCUACGACCUCGGCAAGAAGACCGUCGGCUUCGCCCCCGGAUCCUGCUGAUUUGACAGGCUCGUCGUGAUUAUUGAAUAACUAAGCUGCAUCCACCAAAUGGUCAGUGGCUAUACAUAACUUUACAUAUGUGAGAAAUGCGUAUACACCAACUGUAAGCGAUGGAAAAUGGAAUCGGUACGCUUCGAUACAAGUAAAAAACAGAGAAGCGGUGACACAUUGACGCUGUGUUUGUGAUGUAUACAAGCAGAUACACAAAGGGCA